UUGUUAUUGCAACAUAUUGAUGCUACAACUAUCUUGUGACAACAGAAGAAGUCUUACUGCGUAUACAUACUAAUGCUUUAUGCCUUGGCAAACUGGAGAUUACAGAGUACCCAAGGGUGUGACUUAGUGGUCAAUAAAGUGGCUUGAGCACCGUGAGGUCUCAGGCUCAAAUCUCGGCUGAGACAAAACACUAGAUGAUUUCUUCCGAUCUGUUCUAGAUUUGGCAGACAGAGUUACCUGGUGCUUGUGGCUGGUGGGAGGUGGUGGGUAUCUCGUGGAAUUAGUCGAGGUGUGUACAAACUGGCCCAGAUACAGCUGCAUGUGAUAUGCUAAGCGUUCUCCUGCAAUCUUUUUGCCUGUCAUCCAUUCCAGCAAAUUGAUGAUCAAGGCCCGGAGGAGCAAUAUCAAGUAUCAAAAAAAACAUAGUCAAAUGAGAAUGCUACACCCCCAACCCGAAAACUAGAAGACUAGGAGAUCGCCUCUGAACCAUGCUCGGGGUUAUCUCCGCAGUCUCCUGAUCCUGAAGCUCUGUCAGCUGGCCAGGCCUCCUGGAAUGAAUAGUCCUCAUCGUCAUCUGCAUCCUCGAUAGGCAUCCACUCAUCUGGUUUGCGUACGUUCCACAUUACCUUCACCCCUCUCCGCAUUCGAAUAAAGAGCUAGUCUUUCUUAUUCUAUGUGCCUUGCAUCACAUUGUAUGAUCUCAGCCAAAUCAGCAUGAGCUUUCUCUCUGCCUGAUUUUUUCUGCGCACCAAGUAUAUCGUUAUCACCUCGUAGGUCACAUAACCCAACUCAAACCCCGGUGGACUCCAGAGGACACGGAUGACUCUCCAGGGUCUCUUGGACUCGAAGAUCAUAAUUUAUCCUAAUGUAACCAGCAAUUCGAGGAAUCAGAUGAGCUGUUUUGCUAUGUGUUCGAGAUAAGUUACUGAGAAAGAGCAAAUGGGAAUGCCCAUGUCGGGGAAUCUUGGUAGCUCAGUAGCAUUUGAAGAAGAAGAAGCAAAAGCAUCUCUAUGAAGCACUACAGAAAGUUAAAGAAGAGUUGAUGCUCUUGGGGUUCAUUUCCCUUUUGUUAACGGUAUUUCAAAGUCGAAUUGUCAAAAUCUGUGUGCCUCAUCGUGUCGUAACACACUUACUUCCAUGCUCAUUAUCAUUGGAGGGUUCUUCACAUUCAGGUUCAUCGUUGGGGGGUUCUCCAUCUCCAUCUCCACCUGAAGUGCCUCGUCCUAGCAACAAUUCUGUUCACUAUCAUCCUGGUCCUCACCAUCAACGGCAUUUGCUUGCAGCAGAAGAGACUCCUAAGGGUUACUGCAGUCAUAAACACAAGGUCCCGUUACUAUCUCUUGAGGCGUUGCAUCACCUUCACAUUUUUAUCUUUGUCCUAGCUAUUGUGCAUGUGACUUUUUCUGUUCUGACUAUUGUAUUUGGAGGAGUAAAGAUACGUCAAUGGAAGAGCUGGGAGGAUGCAAUCGUAAAAGUGGAUCCUGAAUCCGAACAUGCUCAACUGAAACCAUCAGUUACUCAUGUCCAUGAACAUGAUUUCAUCAGGAAUCGGUUUCAGGGUAUCGGUAAACAAUCACUCGUUAUGGGUUGGGCGCAUUCUUUCUUCAAGCAAUUUUAUGCUUCUGUAAACGAGUCAGACUACAGAGCGCUUCGUUUGGGGUUCAUUAUGACACAUUGCAGGGGAAAUCCAAGAUUCAAUUUCUAUAGGUACAUGGUACGUGCUCUGGAAGACGAUUUUACGACAGUUGUCGGUAUCAGCUGGUAUCUCUGGGGUUUCGUAAUAAUCUUCUUGUUGCUUAAUAUUAAUGGUUGGCAUACGUAUUUCUGGAUUGCUUUCGUUCCUUUUAUACUUCUACUUGCAGUUGGAACAAAGUUGGAGCAUGUGAUUAUACAGUUAGCUCAUGAAAUUGCUGAGAGACAUGUAGCAGUAGAAGGUGAAUUGAUUGUAACACCAUCCGAUGAUCACUUUUGGUUCGAUCGCCCUCAAAUUAUCCUCUUCUUGAUACAUUUUAUUCUAUUCCAAAAUGCUUUUGAAAUAGCAUUUUUCUUCUGGAUUUUGUUCCAAUAUGGCUUUUUCUCCUGCAUUAUGGGAAAAUACGUGUUUGUUAUUCCUCGGCUUGUCAUAGGGGUUAUCAUUCAAGUUUUAUGCAGCUAUAGCACAUUGCCACUUUAUGCUCUAGUUACACAGAUGGGGAGUCAUUAUAAGAAGUCAAUGUUCGAUAAACAUGUUCAAGCUUGCCUCCUGGAUUGGGCUGAUAAGGCAAAAAAGAAGAAGGGACUUAAGAUUGCUAGCCCUGUCCAUUCAAUUGACGGUUCUGUUCAAGGAUCACCAACGUCCGUAAGUGGGCGCAAAGACUACCCUCAAAAUAGGGUUUAGCUGCUUGGAUCGGAGACUGCUUCUCUGCCUCACCUUUGAGGUACUAGUAUAGACUGUGUAUACUCUACCCUCUCCAGACCCCACUUUGUGGAAAUAUACUGUGAUUUGACCUAUAUUUUUGUAAAUCCGAGGUAUUAUCAAAUAUACCAACUGAAAAAUUCUAUGGUCUAAAUAUGAAUGUAUGAUAUUAGUACCAAAAAGCAUUAGAUGUUUACUGUG